CGCGGUGUGCACACACAAAUGGUGGUGUGACGCGCGUGGCCGCGCGUCUUUAAGGGAGGGUCUCGUGUGUCGUCGCGGGUCCCGGGUGUCAGUUCUCGGAGAGGCCGUUUUCCUCGUGGGAACCACAGCCGUCGAUCACGAUGGUCACCGACAGCACGAGUCAGGCUGAUGACACAACAGCAUUUCUUCGCGCUGCCCGAUCCGGCAACCUUGAGAGAGUCGUCGAAUUUCUCGAUACCGAUUUAGAUAUUAAUACAGCCAACUCGAACGGUUUAAAUGCCUUGCAUUUAGCCUCGAAGGAUGGCCAUGUCGAAAUAGUAACCGAGCUAUUAAAAAGGGGCGCAAAGGUGGACGCGGCGACGAAGAAGGGAAAUACCGCGCUACACAUAGCUUCGUUGGCUGGCCAGUCUGAAAUAGUCAAUAUACUUAUCCAAUACGGUGCCGCAGUUAACAUCCAGUCGCAAAAUGGAUUCACUCCUUUGUACAUGGCUGCCCAGGAGAAUCACGAUCAAGUCGUCAAGCUCUUGCUUAACAAUGGAGCCAAUCAGAGUCUCGCAACAGAGGAUGGUUUUACACCGCUUGCCGUGGCGAUGCAGCAAGGUCACGACAAGGUGGUUAGCGUGCUCCUGGAAAAUGACUCCAAAGGCAAGGUCAGAUUGCCGGCCCUUCAUAUUGCUGCUAAGAAAGACGAUUGCAAAGCCGCCGACUUGCUCUUGCAGAACGACCAUAAGCCCGACGUGACAUCGAAGAGUGGCUUCACCCCUCUUCACAUCGCCGCUCAUUAUGGGAACGAGGAAAUAGCGCGGUUAUUAAUAAAACGAGGAGCCGAUGUAAAUUACUUAGCUAAGCACAACAUAAGCCCGCUACACGUGGCGGCAAAGUGGGGCAAGAACAAUAUGGUUAAGAUACUGUUGGAGAACUCGGCGCAAAUCGACGCUAAAACCAGGGAUGGCCUGACUCCGCUUCAUUGUGCAGCGCGAUCGGGACACGAGCAAGUCGUCAGUACGUUACUCGAAAAUUCAGCGCCGAUCAGUGCGCGUACUAAGAAUGGGCUCGCACCCCUACACAUGGCCUCUCAAGGGGACCACGUGGACGCUGCGAGGGUGCUGUUGUACCAUCGCGCGCCGGUGGACGAGGUAACCAUCGACUACCUGACCUCGCUCCACGUCGCCGCGCACUGCGGUCAUGUGAGGGUCGCCAAAUUGCUGCUCGAUCGAAAAGCCGAUCCGAAUGCGAGGGCUCUGAACGGCUUCACGCCCCUCCAUAUCGCCUGCAAGAAAAAUCGCAUCAAGGUCGUGGAGCUGCUGCUGAAGCAUGGGGCGUCCAUCGAGUCGACUACCGAGUCCGGACUGACUCCAUUACAUGUGGCCAGUUUUAUGGGAUGUAUGAAUAUCGUGAUAUUCCUACUGCAGCAUGAGGCCAAUCCCGACGUGCCAACUGUCAGGGGCGAAACACCCCUGCAUCUGGCAGCUAGAGCUAAUCAAACAGACAUUAUUCGAAUUUUGCUAAGAAAUGGUGCCAAAGUCGAUGCUCGUGCAAGGGAGCAGCAGACGCCGCUUCAUAUCGCGUCCCGAUUAGGGAAUAUCGACAUCGUUAUGCUGCUACUGCAACACGGCGCAGCUGUGGACACCGCUACGAAAGAUAUGUACACGGCCCUUCAUAUCGCGGCGAAGGAAGGUCAAGAGGAGGUGGCGGCAAUUCUCGUGGAGAACAAUGCUUCUCUCAAGGCUGCAACGAAAAACGGCUUCACACCUUUACAUAUCGCGGCUAAAUACGGAAAUAUGAACGUCGCAAAUAUACUCUUGCAAAAACAAAGUAAACUUGAUGUCCAGGGAAAGAACGAUAUCACGCCUUUGCAUUUGGCGUGCCAUUACGAUCAUCCUAACGUUGCGAAUCUCUUGUUAGAAAAGGGAGCGUCAUCCCAUCUUGCCACGCAAAACGGACAUACUCCGCUACAUAUCGCCGCUCGUAAAAAUCAGAUGGAUAUCGCUUCCACUCUUUUGGAAAACGGAGCAAACACGAACGCGGAAUCCAAAGCAGGUUUCACCCCGUUGCAUCUAAGCGCGCAGAAGGGCCAUUACGAUAUGACGAACUUGUUAAUUGAACACGGUGCCGAUCCCAAUCACAAAGCCAAGAACGGUCUCACGGCGUUGCAUCUAUGUGCGCAAGAGGAUUUCAUUAGAGUGGCCUCUAUCCUGGUGAAGAACGGGGCCAACGUCGAGAGCCAGACAGAGACUGGUUAUAGACCGAUACAUGUGGCCGCGCACUUUGGGAAUCUAUCGAUGAUACGCUUUCUGCUGAAACAUAACGCCGAAAUAGACGUCAGAACUAAUCAGAAUUACACUUCGCUUCAUCAGGCCGCCCAACAGGGUCACGCUCAUAUCGUUUCCGCUUUGCUGGAGGGAAAUGCUUCACAUAAAGCGCGCACUAACGAUGGUUUAACGGCACUGAAUAUAGCACAAAAAUUAGGAUAUAUUUCUGUGAUGGAAGUGCUAAAAGGAUUGCCCUACGACAGUGCAACUCCGGAUAACAAAAACUGGGAGGAGAAGUACAAAGUGAUAGCUCCCGAGAGCUUGCAGGAAACGAGUUUUAUGUCCGAUUCGGAUGACGAGGGAGGUUCUGACGCGUUAAUUAGCGAGCAGCCUUAUAGGUAUCUCACGGCGGAUCUGAUGAAGAGUCUGAGGGAUGAUUCGUUGCCUAUUGAUGUUACUAGGGAUGACCCGGUACAUAGACAGGUUACUAAAGAAGAGAAGCAACAAUUCGUGCAAAGCAAUAAUUACUGUUUAGCAGAAAAUUUUGAUAGCACCGACGGUGUCAAUCUAGGGAAACUGCAUUUUCGAUCAUUUUUAAUAAGCUUUCUGGUGGACGCGCGUGGUGGUACCAUGAAAGGAUGCAGACACAGCGGUGUCCGCAUCAUUAUACCGCCUCGAAGAGCGACGAUGCCGAUCCGUGUAACGUGUAGACUAGUAAAGCUAAACAAGGUGGCGAAUCCGCCCCCUUUGAUGGAAGGGGAAGCCCUUGCUACGCGAAUUAUCGAGAUGGGUCCGGUGGGGGCGAGAUUUUUAGGACCCGUCUUAAUCGACAUACCGAAUUUUGCGUCCGUUCGCGGAAAAGAAAGGGAAAUUAUUAUCCUGCGGAGCGAGAAUGGGGAAACAUGGAAGGAGCACGAUAACUCUGCGGAUAAUGAUGAUACUCUCCUCAAUACGCCUUAUGGCCGCAAAGCUGAACUCACGGCCAAAUUACUCGGCAAUUGCGUCGCCGUAUCGCCAGUGAUCACGAUCGAACCCAGAAGGCGAAAGUUCCAUAAACCGAUAACUCUUACGAUCCCUGUGCCGCAGGCCGCAAACAAGGGGAUGAUCAAUCAGUAUGGUGGGGAGACUCCUACGUUGCGUCUUCUAUGCAGCAUUGCAGGUGGAACUAACGAGUCACAAUGGGAAGACGUUACGGGUUCCACACCAUUAACUUUUAUGAACGAUAGGGUGUCGUUUACCACUACCGUUUCUGCCAGGUUUUGGUUGAUGGAUUGCAGAAAUAUCGGCGCGGUGCCGAAAAUGGCAACGGAAUUAUAUAUGGAAUCCUUACACGUGCCGUAUAUAACGAAUUUCAUAAUUUAUUCGAAGAGGAUGGACGUGUUGGAAGCCACAUUGAGGAUAUUGUGCAUGACGGACGGCAAGGAAGGUAUGCACACUUUAGAAAGGCAAGAGGAAUUCACAGAAAUCGUUAAGAGUCGCGAUGUUGAGGCACUCGACGGAAAAGAUCUUUAUAUCGAGUUUAGUGGAAAUUUAGUGCCAGUAACAAAGUCCGGAGUGCAAUUGAAAUUCACAUUCAAGGCUUUCCGACAGAAUCGAUUAUCGUUCCAUGUUAAAGUGAAGGAUCCAUUACUAGAUCCGGUAGCGAGGAUGUUAUUUAUGAGAGAGCCAAAAGUUGCUAAAGGAGAACCACCUCAGCAGCCUCUUUGUGUGUUAAAUAUUGUCCUUCCCGAAACUAUUAUUAAAGACGCGAUGCAGAAGAAGUUAAAAGGUUACGAAGAUUCUAAUAUCAUAAAUCAAAAACUAGAUUAUUACAAAUCAAAGUACAAAAUGGAACAAAUGGAAAAAACUGACAAGCCUAAAGAAACGUCGCCAUCGGAAAAGAAAUUCAUAACUGAUACGUUACAAAAGGAACAAACAGAUGCCGCUACUAUCCACGAAUCCUUUGCACAAAAAGCGGCUUGUCCCCUAGAAUCCGUAGAUGCUAGUUAUCCCAAUAAAGUAGGCAUCGGUCAAUCGGAAUCGGAUCUAUCGCCCGAACUCGAAAAGCAAACGUACUCGGAGAAGCGCAAAUUCUGGGAGGAUAUCUCGAAAAAGCGUGAAAGUUAUCAGCGUUCCGAAUCUGAGGUCUCGAGGGCCUCCCAAUUAACCAUCAACGAGAGCGACAGCGAGUCGUGCCUGCCGAACAUCGUGUCCGAGGAGGGCGACGGGACGACGGAGGGUAUCUCGGACGUGAUGAGAUCGGAGACCAUCGAGGAUAUCAACCUGCCAGACAUCUCGGAGUGCUCGGUGGCGGAGAAGGCGCAUUACUUCGAAGAGCAGAUACAAAAGGAGAUGAAGGAGGCGAAAAGCACGCCGAGGUUGCAGCAACAAGAUUCUGUCAAAUUCGAAAAGGACAAGAUGCCCCUCUUCAAGGGCAAGUCAAUCGACGAUCAGAAGAAUCGCGUAGAAAAGCAUGAUGUGAUAAAAAAGGACAUUGAUAUCGAGGAGAAGCACGUGGCGGAAUCGAGGGAGAUCGAGAAGAUUUUGAAAAUUGCUACGGAGGAUACCAAGUGGAUGAAAGAGACGUGGAAAGAGCCGAAAGAUAUCGAUAAAAGGGAAAAGGAUACAGAUGAAGAUAAAGGCGUACGUGAAGAAGUUCAGAAGAUAGUAACUCAGCCAGUGAUGGAAAUUUGUAAAGAGUUACUGAAUAAGGAAAGAGAGCUCGCUGAGGAAACGCAAUCGUUGAAGUAUGCGGAGGAAGUAUUAUUGCAAACCGAUAAGCCGAAGGACGAAACAAUAAUACAAAGAGAAUUAAGCGAAAUUAAAGAAAUAAAAAAACCAGAAGAAGUAAUAGAUGUUAAGACAAUCUCGACAGACAUGGAAACGAAAGAAGUAAAAAUACAUCCUGAAGAAAUUGUAACAAAACACAAAAUAAAAGAAGAUACUCUGCAGCGAAUUGAAAAAGAAAUUGAAGAAGAAAUUACAAAACCGAUAAAGACGCUCCAGGAAGAUAUUCACAUUUCGGAUACAACGCCAGAUAUCUCAACAUACACCGCGGGAAUCACUGCGGUUACAGAAGAGAUCAAAAAACCAGAUGUAUCCACGGAUGUCAUUCAAGAAAUUGUAGAAGAGCCAAAACCGGAAACACCACUAAGCAAAGAGAUCGUUAAGGAGAAGACGUCCGGAAGGCGAAUAAUAACAGAGGAAACAACAAUCAUCUAUACAGUGCAAAAAGAUGGAACUCUGGUACAGGAACAGGUCCUUAAAUCAGUGCAAAUUCAAGGCGGGAACGGCAAACAGGUUACACACAUCCCGGAAGUUAGUAUGGAAACAAAAAUGUUUGAGAGUUUACCGGAUACAGAUGACAUUGAAAAAUUACGAACAGAUAAGAUCGAAGAAAAAGAAGAUAAAACACUUGAAGAAAAAUUAUCGAUCAAGGAAGAAGCAUCUGAAGCAUUGCAGAAAGUGGAAGAGAUAAUUGCUAAACAAGUGGCUGACAUUAAUCUUGAGAAAGAGAUGAAACCUACCGUUGACAUGGAGAUUAAACAGAUGAAAAAAGAGUCUCGCAUUCCGAUUUCUACAUCAAUGGCCGAGAAGGAUAAGAGUCAGAAAGAAGCAAAAGGUAAAACGUCAUCGGAUAAACCCGAGGAAAGAUCGGUAAAGAGUCCGAUCGCGGAGGGGGAGAAAGACGUUUCACCGUCUAGCAAGAAAAAGGAGUUUGAGUCUCGCAUACCUAAACGCAUUGUAGAGGGAGCAACGAUAAAGGAAAAGGACACGAAGAAGGAUUUGCCGGGACAAAAGGAUGGCGAGACUAUCACAGUUACCGAGAAAAAAUCUAGUGAGGAGGUCACUUCGCGGCAUGAGGAAUGCUCGACCACGAAGAGCAAGACACAAACGUUUUCCAAGACCUUCACUGAUCCGCAGGAUGCAUCCAAGAUGUUCGAGAAUAUAAGUGCCAUGAAGAACAAGAAUUUUGCUAUGGUCACUUCGAAGAUCGACACCAAGGCUACAAGUAAGGUGGAAAAGAAAGAGGUACUUUCGUCAGAGAUCUUCAGCGGAGCGGAUAAAUUCAUAACUCACGAGGAGAAGGAGAAAGUGGAAAAGAAAAAAUCCUCGGAAUCUAAGCUGACUAAGGAGUCACCGGCUGAAACGAUAGAGGAGAAGAAAAGUAAGAGUGAGGAGGUGGACAAAAUCGCUGUGCAGAAAAUGUCGAUGAACGUGACGGAAGGUAAGGAAGUGAUAGAUGCCAGCGCUUCUGAGUCCAGAGCGGAGAGUAAGAAAGAAGAAUUGUUCAAACUGUUGGAGGACCAAGAGGGAAUUGCGACGGAGAAAUCUGGAACUAGUAGGAUUAGAGAAAGCGACGUAGAUGUGGCAAUCAGAAUUAAAAAAGACGAUACAAAGGAAGUGGAGAAUAUUAAGGAGUCACCACAAGCUGCUAAAGACGAAAAAAUAGGGAAAGUUGAAAUGAUUGCGCAAGGACAAUCUUACAAAGAGAAUUUGGAGAGUUUUAAAGUUGAGGAGUUUGUACCUAGCCAAAAAUACAAGGCAAAUUCGAAUGAAAAAGCUGAAGAAGACAAACAACCUCAGAGUAAAAAAAUUCCGGAAUCUUUGGAAGAGAAAGAAAAAUUGAUUGCUAAGGAAAUGGAAGCGCGGAAUAUAGCUGAGAAUUUGAUACAGUCAAUUGAGAGCGAGAUUGAAAGAAGAUCAUCGAUAUCGGGAUUAAAGCCUCAAAUGUUGAAUAGAGAAUAUCUCGAUCAAUUGAUUUCCGAGAGUACAGAUGCUGAUCACGAGAAACUGGCCAAUGACUUGACAAAAAAAUUUGAAAGUAUAAUAAAAAAGUCUUUGGACGAACAACUUCCAGAAAGCAAAGUGGAUCAUCCAAUUACGGACGCAGCGCUGUCGAAAACAUCCAUACAAGAAGAAAUAUUCGAGAAAGGAUCUACUAGAGACAGUAUAAGUAUUAGCGAGGAUAUAACAAAGGAUGAAGAAUCAUCGCCGCAUGAUCGAGAAGAGAGCUUGCCGUCUUCGCAAGCUAAACUCCAAGAUAGAGACAUCACUAUGAGUCCCAGCAGUAUAUCCGAGCAGAUCGAACUCGAAGAGACUAUCGACGUCGACACUGGAGAACUGGAGGACUUGUCUAAACCUACGUCUAGUCCGCAAUCUGAAAAACUUCGUUCCGACAGAUCAAGUGGUCAUAUCGAACCGCUUCAGAGAGACGUAUAUAGCGAUACCACUCUCUCGAAAGAUAAGAUGGUGUCGGAAAUCUCGGGCGCUAGGGUGUUAGAGAUCCUGGAGCCGGGCGUUGACAGCCGUCAGGAUUCGGUCGAUAUGCCAUCUUUGGAGCUGGACGAGCACAAAGUGUCCGAACAGACUAGCAGGGAUGUAGCAUCUUUGCACGAGAGCGUGGCAGUGGAUUCCUUGGAGAGAAUCGCACGGGAGAGGGACGCGACUGUUAGUUCUAGCACAGUGUCCGAAGACGUCAAUGUGGACUAUCCUCCGAUCCACGAGCAUGUAUCUUCCGCAACUAUUUCGUCGAGAGAGUACGACGCAGGGGAUAGACGAAGAGAUAGUUUCGAAAUUGAAAGCCCGCCGUUGGUUUCGCCAAGAACAAAGCUCGUGCACGAUCUGGAAAUCAAGCCAGUCAACUGGAUGAUCGGCGAUGAAAAGAUCGAGAUAUCGGAAACUUUGCAGCCUUCUCAGGUAUUCAAUCAGGAGUUGGAAGAAUACGAGUCGUCUAUACGAUGUGCUCGCGCUUCCUCUCAGGACGAGUCCGUGGAUUUAGAGCAAGAGUCCGUGACCAAAUCUUUGGAGGAUAUCAGUGUGAUCGAAUCUGUUAAAGAAUCCGUUACCAGUAGUGAUGUUAAUGUGACCAUCACAACUACCACGACCAAGACCACAAAGUUUACCGUGAUCCCAGUGACCGAGCCGGUGAUUGAGUCGAUAACCGAUCCGGUGAUCGAGUCGAUGACCGAGCUGGACUUUGACAGCGAACUGAUAGAAGAUAAGUUAGAUAUCACUUGUCAAGAGUUGGUCGAUACCCUGCAACGAGAAUAUGACGCUAAGACACCGACCGAGGAAGACGCAGUUGGUAUACGUCAAUCUAUAUCUCGCGAGAAUUUUGACUUGGAAACGAGUAUUACCGAAGCUGUCACGGAAGAGAUACCUAUGAAAGAAGAGGAAACAAAAGAAUUAACUGAAUAUGUAUCUGCUAAAAUUGCGGAGAUUAAACUUCAAGAGGCACAUACAGAAGCUCAUCAACAAGACAUUUUUGCGGUACAAGUGGAAACUGCCGAGCUUAGUGACGCUGGUAAAGUGUCUACGAUAAAGAAAGAAAUAGAUGAUUCCGCUCGGCAUAUCGUAGCUGAAGAAGCACAGAAACAGCAGAACAUUGAGUCUGCAGAUAAAAAAGUAGAAGAAUCGGAAGUUAAAGAAGAAAUAAAAACAACUGUGGAAACUGAGAAAGAUUCCAAAAAACAGGAACUAUCAAAAUGUGCGAGAGUUGACGACGUACUGAAAGAAUGGACGGAAACUUAUCUGACGAAGAUCAAACCUCCUAGCGAGGAGUAUAAACGACAUAUGGAAAAGACCACUGAUAAACACGAUAAACCCAGCAAAUCGACGACGCUUCCCUCCGAUACUUGUGCCUUGAAAAUAAAGAAAGACGAUCUACAGAAUGUCGAUCUAAGUGCGCGGUACGCAAUAACGGUGCUGGAUCAAGUAGUAAAGAAAGAGAUCGCCGAGGUAAAGGAGUCCUUGGAAGCGGCUAGGCAGGAUUUGAUAGAGGAGCUGAGUGAAAACAGCCAGACUGUGAUUCAGAUCAAAGAUUCGCCUUCAGAAUUUCAGUUCAAACUCCAGCCGGAAUCAAUUCCGAAUGAUUUACCGUUUUUGUACAAACCACCGUCCAUUGAACACGUUCCUGCGGAAGCUGAACCGGAAGCCGAGACUAAAACUACUACACAGAGCGAAUUGUUAAUCAUAAAAACUCGAGAACUCGAGGAGGCAAAACAGGAAAAAACGAGAGACACUAUAGAUGACAUAUCCAUCGUUCAAGCAGCCGCAAUCGCCGAGGAUAAAUCAGCCACUGUGGUCAAAGCACCUGAAAUUGAUAUCGAGAAGCACGAAGAAAAGGAGACCGUAAUAACCGUUCAAGAUGACCAACAGGAGGAUGAAGAGGAAGGUCGUCCCAGCCCACUUCCUAUUAGCAGAUCAUCGGACAUUAGCUCGGACAUCGAUAACAGAGAUGAUAGCUAUUCUUUGACGCCUCAUCCGGUACCCAGAAGACGUCAUAAACCGGCCAGAAUAUCAAAGAGAGUAAAAACUUCUGAGAGCGAAGCUGACAUUGGUUCGAGUUCUGGCGAAAGCAGCAACUAUCAAUCCUGCGAGUACGAGAGUGGAAGUAGACCUAGUUCGUCCGACGUCGAGGCGAUGCAAUCCGCCGCGGGUGGCGUGCAAUCCGGGACCGCUUCGGAGUACGAGACGGCGAUGAUGUCAAUUGAGCACGAAAGCUCAAGGACGUUACCGACAUCGCAAGAGUACCAGACCGCGGUGAGUUCAAUGAGCUCCCGCGAAUCUAUGUUAUAUUUGAAUUCCCUUAGCUCAGGUCAUCUCGGUAGUAUCGAUAGCACCAGCGAGUUGUCAGAGACGCUGGUACCAUCCGAGGAAGCAGACGACGACGGGGAAGAGAUAGAUGAGAACCUGGAGAGCGCACUAGAUGCGGAGCAAGAACUGGUCGAGGCAUCGGAUUCUUCCGGUAGCGAAGAGAUACCGAUGGACGAAACUGUGGACAAGAUCGACAGUCAUAUACCGUGUCGCAUGAAGCGCUCAUCCGAGAUGAUCUUCCAACAAAUCAUGGAUGAUAAUGUCAGUUUGGAAGCGGAGUCUAUGGACGAGGUAUUGGAGGAGAAUCAGGCUAAAGUCGCGGACUCGGCCACAUCCACUUCUAUGGAAGCGCCCGGUGCUCUUCAGUCGGUUGACAUAAUGACGUCACGAGUAUCCGAAGAUGGAAUUCAAAGCGUGUGCACACAGGUAAUCUCGACGAGAGUCACCAGGCCCAGUGAUAGCGAAGAGCUCGAGGAUUCGGAAGGUUUGGAAGAGGAGGAAGAUUUGGAGGCGGAGAAAGACAUAGAAAUAACGGACAUGGAAAAUCUGAAACAGAGAUUAGACUUGGAAGAAACUGCCGGGGACGAAAGUGUCGAACCGGCGAUGCAGACAACAUCCGUCCACUCGAUGCUGCAACAGGCUAGCAUGUCUCUCUCUUCGGCAUCGGGAAUGUCUUUCGACACAGUCAUAGAGAAAGAUAGAUCCGAGCGUCACUCGCCAGACAGCGAUUCGUUCGAGCUCGUAGAUAAGCCCGACAUUAUCGACGAUUUCGUGGUGAUCGAAGAGGUAGGACGAGAGGCAGAAGAGUUCGACUCCGAGGGCAAGAGUAUUCGUAUUAGCUCGAUACCUCAGACGUCCGGCAAACAAUAUGAUCGUGAUCUAGAAAAUCUGAUGACGGAAGACAAAGAGGAACAGGUAUCGACGAGUCAGGCUUCCAAGAACAACGAUCUCUUCGACUUCGACACCGAGGAGAGUCCACCCCAGGCGUCCAACGACGAUCAAUCCCAGUCCUACUCUGACGAUGAGCAGUACGAGGGCAAAAAGUGGAUAGAGAUGCAGUUCCAGGCGGACGUGCGGGUCUACGACAUCGAGUACGAUCGCGGACCGCUCGAGGAUAUCAAGGAGGAGGAGGUCACGGAUUUCGAAGCUGGCAGUAGCAGGAUAGGCAGUUUAGGCAGCCACAAAGAGUCUAUAGGCAGCGUGGGAAGUAUGCGCGGCAGCUUCGGCAGCACACCGGAUUACGACAUCCUCGGGAAAAAGUACUUUAACAAAUCCGUGGAUCACGACACCGCGUCCUUGACCUCACUGCAGGAGUUCGAGCACUUGGAGAGUACCGUAGCGUCCGAGAACUCACGAAGACUUCAAUGCGGCUCGCAGGAUUCCGUCAACAAUGGCAGUCUUCCGAGAAGAUACAUGACUGGUCGCUCGGGUCACGGCGACGAUAUCUCGUUAUCCUCGUUAAAGGAUUUCGAAGGCCUUGAAAAAGCCUGCCGGGAGGCUCAUCUGAUGGAACUGCGAGCCCGCGAGGAGGAGGAACUGCUAGAACACGAGAGUCCGGAGAACAAGUUUAAAAUGGAGAAUCUGCCGCGUUCGAGGACGGACACCAGCGCGACCGGUUCGUUCAAUCCUAGCACUUCCGGAUCGGACGAUUAUGAGAAGAGGAUAAAGGAAAUCGACGAGAUAAUACGAAUCGCGCAGUCCAACGUGGAGAAGCUCGAUCGGCAGGACGACACUACGGAGGACAUCUCGCAGAUCGAGAUCACCGAUGCCGAAAGAGUCAUCGGGACCCAACCGGUUCCGGAAACACUUCCAGAGGAGAUGGAAGAAUCCGAUGAGACACGAGCGAUACAGAGGGAGAGCAAUGUCAUGGAGACCAGUACGGAUUCUUUAGAACUGGAAGAAAACGCGGAAAAGAAAUACCAUCCGUUGUGUCGAAGCUCCGAUUCCCUCGAGAUGAAGACGACCUUGGACUUUCCGUCCCUGAGCUCGGACUCGUUGAACAACGUGAAAGAUGCGAAGGAAACGCCGUCGGACGCUGCCGGACAAUUUGCUGGCAGUGCGAGACGCAUCUCCUCAGAUUCUCUUGAAAUGCCUUUGUUGGAGCAACAGGAUGUUGGAGCGUCCGAGAGAAGCAGCGACAGCAACGGCCAUCGCGUGGAGGAGGAAACGGUGGCCGACAGCUCUAUCAGACAAGCACCUUCGGCGGAAACUGAUGCGAGAAAUGGCAAAACGAAAACGUUAUCAAGUAGCGGUACAUAGGAUAAUUCUCGUAGAUAGCGGACCACCAGGAAGGACUUUUACCACAACUUCAUAAAUAUAUUAUCGAAUAACUCGAGAAGCUUUACAUGUAAAACGAUAUUAAAUAUUGUAUAAUGUACUAAAGAACUUGUGCAUUGUGGAUAUACAAGGAUAUCAUUACAUUUGUCUUUGUUUUACGCGAUGUCUUCUAAAAAACAAUUUAUAUUAUGCUUAAAUUAAAAGAUAGUUGCUAUCUUCAAGAUAUAAUAUUGACUACGUUUACACAUCACCCCUAAUCGAGUUUAAUAAUAUCCGUAGUUUUAAGGCUGGCCAGUCAUAGUCAUUUCAUUCUUCAGAGGAAUAGCUGUGAUUGGCGAGUUUUAUAACUAUGGAUGUUAUUAAACCCGAUUCAUGGUGAUGAACGUAAUCAUUGUUGAGUGCGCGGGAUAAGAAAGCGGAGUGUAGAGUGUGGGCUUACUUGUUUUUAAUUAUUAAAUUUGAACGGACGUUUGUUGUAAGAAUUCUUGCUGUUUAUAAAAGAAAAUGCGAACUAUCUUUUGCUUAACUAUUUUCGAAAUCUUUACCGCGAAUAUUGAGUUGCAUUUAUCGAACGUAUAUUUUCAAGUGCUACUUAUACAUGUUCUAUGCAUGUAUUAUAAUGCGUACAACAUUCUACUAUUGUAACGUGUUUUAUAACGUGUUUUGAUUACGAGAUGUCUUUGUAGAUGCGCUUUUUCGUAAAAUUUUAUAAUAUAUUUGAUGUACUCUUUGUAAUAAUUUCAAACGACAUUUUUGCGAAGUUCAAAAAUACAAUAAAGCUAGCUGUAGCGCAUGUUUACAUAAAGGAGAACAGAUACAUAUAUUAUAUCUAAAUAGAAAAUUUUAUAUGCGAAUAUAAUAUUUGGGACACAUGUAACAUUUUACGGAAGGCAGCAAAAGAUACAUACAUUUCUGUUUAAACGAUUCAAUAAUUGUUUCAUAUUUGUUUGUAUUUUUUUUAUGAUAUAAACGCAGAAUUACACAAUGUUAUCAAUUAUGUUUACACAUGUAUUGUAUAUUAUUACGAGUUAAUAAUGUCAAUUGAAAAAAAAUUGUUUCCUUAUAACGAUAAAAUAUACAUCUGUGCACUAU